UUUCGUGGUUUUUGUGGUUGAAUGUCUGACCACGAAUAUUUUACCCACGAAUGAAGCGACCUUGCCACCUUACCUACAAUCCAAGCAGCAACCACGAAAAUUACCCACGAAAUGUUUCAAUAUUGCUGAACCACUUGUCCCCCGAAAAUUACCCGCUAUACGGUAUAUACUCACACAUGCACAUCAAUUAUUAUUACGAUCAGAGGUGAAAGUUCACUAUGCCGUAAGGUAAAACUUUACAUUGGUAAAGAUAGCCACAGGCAAAUUCAUAAAAAUAGGCCGAAACAUCUCACUCGCAAAAUAAAUGACCCUGUUCCCUGCCAGGGUUACACCUUCCGAUCUGUGGGUGCGCAUUAUCCACAACAUACUACACACUGUGUAUACAGCUAGCUAGCUAGCCACAGAGCAACAGUAUUGCCAUUGCACUAACAAGGAACUUGAUAUCUGAGUCUUGCAAUUAGCAAAAGAGUCGAGUCUGCCUGGCCUAGCUGAUACUCUUCGUGUAUAACCAUGGAAACUGAAGCUGUCGAAGAAGUUGGAUUCAAGGAAAUAACAAUUUUUGAAGACGAAAUCGGAGCGGGUGCAUAUGGAUCUGUGCACAUGGCCAUCUGUGACAAACUGUUGUGUGCCGCAAAGAGGAUCUAUAGGAUUCUAGUACAACCUUCUCAAGCCACACCUUGUAGAAAUGAGCAUCGAAUUCCAAUUCGAAGGUUUGAAGCUGAGUUUAAAUUUUUGCAAGAGAUACGUCACCCAAAUAUCAUUCAGUAUCUUGGGAUGUACACAGAUCCAUCAACGCGCCUCCCCAUAUUGCUGAUGGAACUAAUGGACGAAAGUCUGACACAAUACCUCGAAGGGUCCACUCAACCAAUUGCCUAUCACGUCCAAGUCAACAUCUGCCUCGAUAUCAUGAGAGCCCUCUCGUUUCUCCAUGUCAAUGAAAUUGUUCACAGAGAUCUUUCAAGCAACAACAUUCUUUUGGCUGGAAAGUCUCGACAUGCUAAGCUAUCAGACUUUGGAAUGGCCAAAUUUCUGAAUACCAAAAUGUCACGUGUGUCAAACACAGCUGUUCCUGGUACAGAAGUGUACAUGCCACCAGAAGCUUUUGGAGACGAUUUCAAAAAGAGCGGAGAUAUUUUUUCAUUUGCAGUUCUCCUCAUUCAAAUUCUGACGCAAAAGUUUCCGAAACCACAGGGAAAGCUCGAAGACAGAAUAGUCGGCAAUGAAAAGAUCAAAGCCCUUGUGAAAGAAUUGGAGCGUAGAAACAACCACAUUUCUCUGAUCCCACAUGAUCAUUCUCUCUUACCUAUUGCUUUGGAUUGCCUCAAAGAUGAGGAGGCCGAUCGACCACUGGCUAGUGACCUAUGUGACAGGCUGGCGUCGCUCACCGAAACGACACUGUACACCGAGAGCAAAACAACCGAAGAGAAACCACAGAGAAUCACGGAAGACAAGUGUGUGGGUACUACUGAGUGUGAAACAGAAGAGAAGGCCGUUGGCACCGACAACUUCGAUUUACAACUACUUGAUUAUGUGCAUGUAAAGGACGAGGUAAAGGAGAAAUUGACACGCACUGAGCAGCUUCUGGUAGAGAGUGAACGGAAAAUUAUAGCAAUGAAAGACCAACUCGAAGCAAAAGAACAUGUUUUGGGAAAGGAAAUUCUACAAUACAACAAUCUCAUUGAAACUCAACAAGAACUUCUAGAGAAGCUCCAAGGAACUGAAAAUGAGCUCGAGAGCGUAGAAGAAAAACUGAAGCAAGAAAAUGAACAGCACCAGCUAACUGUCACUGAGCAGCAAAAGCAAAUCGAUUCACAUUGUGAGAAAAUCACUGAGCAGAAUGAACAAUUGGCUACUCAAGUGGGGAAAAUCAAUGAACAAGAGCAACAUAUCAAAGAACAGAAUGCUCAAUAUACUACUCACCUUGAAAAGAUGAGAGAGAAAGAAGAGCAAAUUAAAAGACUGCACAUUCAACUUGAACAGCAGUCCGGUGACUCUUCCAAAAAAAAAAACAGCCGACAGCAGAACAAAGCAGCCGAAAAACAACCAAUUGAGAAGUCAUCAAAAACUGGUGCAGACAAAGAGUCGUUCUUCACAAAGAUGAAAAAAACCUUAAUUGGCGGUAACAAAGAUGAGGAAGUCAAACUCGAGGAAUUUGAGGAGAUAACUGUGACUAAGGUCAACGAUUCCACACAGCAAAAGCUCGAUGCUAGCAAGAAACAACCAGAAACUGUAGCUCCUACUAACGAGGCCACACUGCCAAAGCUCGAUAUAGACCUCCCACCAAAUUCUACUCAGACCACCCUACCAAAUUUUGACUUAGAAGGAUUGAAGCAAACUGCCAAGAUGCACCAGGAUUCUGGAAUCGCUAAAGAUAAUGAAGAAACUGCACCUGAUACGUUUACAUCACAAGCCGAACAAGUUCGAACCAAAGCAGCAGUUAACAGAAUUGAAAUCUCCAGUGAGAAGUCUUUAGCCACCUUAACUGAUGCUCAUCGGAUUGAUGUGUUAACAAAUCAAGCUCUUCUGCAUCAAGGUGCCUCCAUUGACAAAACUGAAAGGCUACAAGAACAGAUACAAACUGAUCUGAAAGCAAGUAUUCGACUCUCACCGGUCAAAACACUACCUGAUACCGACACACAGCCCAAACUACCGCCAAAGUCUCGAGGAUUUUUCAGUGGAUGGUUUGGUUCGGAAAUCAAAGAAGUACUGCCGAUUGAGAAAUCUUCUGCAUCUAAGCAAUCUGCUAGCCACAGAAGUAAACCAUUUAGCAAAGCAAAAGUGAAGAGUAAUGAGAUUCCACCAACCAGAUCUCGAUCAAAUCCAUUUGACAAAGAGGAAGAAAAGUCUGAAGAGAUGAAAUUUCGUGAACAAUCGGCGAUUCAACGGAUGGAGAAAUCUUCAGCAAGAUCGGUGAAUGCUCUUGUUGCGACAAAUGCAAUGGGUGUUUCAACUUUAGCAGAACUUGAGCGGCAAACUGAAAAGCUAAACCAUAUCGAACGAGAUCAUGAACAGAUGAGGGAUGAUCUUACGAGUGGAAAACAUAAUAUAGAAACGAUCAAAGGCUCGCAACACAGAAAGGAAUCCUGUAGGAAAUCCGGUAAGGGUCAAUCGUCCCAAACCCCAUCGAAACCACUAAGCUCUAAGGACAGGCCACAACUUGAUCUUACACCUGGAAGAGAAACGAACAAAUCAUCUUUUGGCUCGCGACACAAAAAGGAAUCCGGUAGGAAAUCCAGUAAGCGUCAACCCAACACCCCACUGCCUAAAUCAAAACCAAAGUCGAAGGACAGGCCACAACACAUCACAACACAACUUCACCAAUACCCAAGCGCAGUCGAUGCUAACUUGGAUAAAAUAAGCGAAGAGCUGUCACGAAUGAUGGAUACUGGAAUUCAUCAAGGUGUUUUAUUAGAUGGACAAUCUGAGCAACUUGAGCGAAUACAUGUACUGGUAGACAAGAAUCAGACAGGAUUUGCUGCUGUUAACAGGGAGUUGAAGAAACAACUAUAAUUUUUUCUAUAGGUUUGCUUUUACUUUGCAGUGGACUAAAUUGUGAGUUUUACUUGUGAUUUACUGUUAACUGCGUUUUCUUGCUGUUGAUGUGUAAUCCAAGCUAUGCAUGUAUAUAUAAUUAUGUGCAUAAUUUUUUGAAUCAAAAUAUCGUGUACAAG